GGUGAAGCCAAGUUGCAGUGUUGGGUGUGUUCGGAUUACAGGGACCAGAACCAAUACGCGCAAAUCUCAAACUAUGGCAGACAACAAAUUCCCAAAUGCGAUGAUGAUGUUGGCAGUGAAAACUAUGGCGUCUUGAUCGACGUUGUUGACCCGGAAAAUCAUUUUUGCACAGUGUUCCACAGGAAUGACGAAUACGGAAAAGUUGUACUACGAGGCUUUUCAAGCAAGGCCAAUCUCCAAAACACAUUCGGCAUCGACGAGCCCGAGUGCAGAGAAGAAGUCCGAUUCCCGCAGUUGAGCCAAGAACGAUUCUUCCUGUGCGCGUGUCAAUAUUCCAUGUGCAACCGGAACUCGGCGACCGGAAAUAAACCGGCCGCUUCCGUAGCCGCCAUCGCAUUAAUCUCGUCAGCGAUAAUAUUCAGUUUCGCGUGAGAGAAGAAGAAAAGCAAAAAACAAACGCCUUAUUCUGCUGAUGGGCAUGGAGCAACGAAUUUUGAUCUGAUGCGAAAUCAAUCUCGCGGACAAUAUGGUCGUUGUUCAUUCGAAACGGUUAUAUAAUGGCAUAUUGUUUGUUUUUUUAAAUGAACCUAUAGAGGAAAUCUUGAAUGUGCUUUUUUGUUUUUGAAAGACAUCCACGUCAAGUCGUGAAUCACAGAGCCACUGCUUAGCUGCUUUAAAAUAACAUACAGAAAGUGGAAUUUCCAAUAUUUACAUGUAAAUCUGGAAUAAAGAAUUUGUCCCUUCUGCUGCUGA